AAGUAGCAGCAGCAGCAGCGCACUUCCGCGUGCACCGGAAGUGAUUGUCUAGUCAUUGCUUGCGGUCAACCCGUCUUCGAAGAUUUGACAGCUGAAUACCUUUGCAGCGUUUUGUCAUUUGGGAAUAAUUUUAAUUGACGCAUCAAUAACAGACACAAUGGCUCCCUCCCUGUUUGCUGGUUAAGAUGUUAAUAACCUUGUGCUACGUCUACAUGUGGGUGCGGUUUCACAAGUGCUACUCGGUUCUGAUCCGCAACAGUCUUUCCAGACUAAAAGGCAGCAGCUUUAGCUUCAGCUUCUGCUCCAGCUCGCCCUCAGCUCCAGCCACAGCAACGCCAGCUGGAGUCCAAGCAGAUGCACGGCGGUAUCUCGGCUCACUUCCACCCGAGGACAUUGUCUUCCUUCAGCUGGGAGACAAGGCUGUCUAUCUCACGGAUCCUCAGGCUGGUCAGGGACAGCCAAAGGACUGGAUGUGGCCCACUGUACAAUGCCCAGAGGCAUGUGAUGACCUCAGCAAAUGGACUGUGCUGUUGGGGUCCUCUCUGGUUCGUGGUCCACAAAUAGAGAAUAUUUCAUUCAUCAUAGAAGCAACAGGAUACAGAGUGGGCUGCCAUUCUCGUCACACAUCGAAUAAGAAAGUGCUGAAGUGGUCCGAUUAUUGUCUUCCUUUGGCCUGCAGCCCUGGCCAGCCCUUCAGGGUGGUGGCUCAGACCACUGUCGAUAACUUCAGUCGGCUGGGAGUUGCUUUUCUAGAAGGUUGCCUUCAGCUAGACAAUGGACUUUUGCCUUCAAAGAUAGUCCCUGUUGUCCUCCAAGAAUCUACUCUCAGUGAGCUGUUGGAGAAACAAUGUCCACAGAGCCCAAAGACUGUGACAUCUCAAUGGCUCUGUUGUACCCAGACUAAAGAGGGUGUUGUUGAACCUUUACCCUGUAACCUAUUAGCUGACCACCGGCACACACAGAGCCAUAAAGGCAGCCUUCUCCUCACUCCACAGGCAAAGAGGAGGACUGAGGAACGAAGAGGGUCAGAGCCACUCCAAGGUACCCAGGAUAUAAGACUGGUUGGUGACUCUGAAGAUCAUUCCAUGGGGAAUAAUCAUCAUAUGGAGAGCCAUGGACACCACCUCCACCUGUCCAGCUGCCAUGAAUGUUUGCAGUUGGAAAACAGCACCAUCAUCUCUGUUAAAUAUGCAUCAGCGGAGAACAUUCCAGACCUUCCUGAUGAUAACUCAGUUGAGCUGGAUAGUAGAGCUAAGACUUUGGAUGAACAUCACCAAGACACUGGAGGCUUUUUUGGUCAAAGUGGGGGUUUUGACUGUAAUAACAAACCACCAAAUGUUCUGGUGUACACGGAUGGUUGCCAGGAGCGUUUUCAAACUGUUUGCCAACUUUUAUCAGAGUGUAUAGACAUGGAAAACCAUGUAAUAUAUCAUCUCCAACCACAGCAGGCGCUGAGCCAUCCAUGGAUGGACAACACCAGGCUCCUGGUUGUGGCAGAAGAGGAAGCCCUGACCCCCCAACUUCAGACCCGCUUUCUCACCUACCUUAGCCAGGGUGGCAGGGUCUUGGGGCUUACAUCUACCCUGUGCCCUGCAGGCCUUUGUCUGGAAGUUAGGGAGAGGCAAAGAAUGGUCAGCAGGCUGAACUUCAUUAAGGAAGACAGCACAGAGCUGGAACUGAGCGUGUUGGCGAGUGGGAACUUCUAUGUCAGGGAUAUUCAGGGAGGAGGGGAAGUGGAGCUUUGGGGAGAGCUGAAAGGGGAGGUCCCUCAUCAGAGGGAUAUGGUAAUCGUCAGAAUUACCCAUGAACAAGAUGGUGGGCAAGCUGUCCUUUGUCAGGUCCACCUGGAAAUUGCACCUGAGAAUUUGACGACUGAAAGUUUUGAUGAACUGAAGGUCAGCAAUGCACUGCGUUAUGAAGUCUUGACAGAAAUCCUCAUAUCUUUGGGACUCAGCUGUGAACUAAACCAUGAUCUGACUCCAACCCCAAUUCACCUGCUGGCCAUCUCUCUGGAGGCAAAGGCCUACUUCCUGAAGUGGCUGGAGACACAAGCAGAUCAAAAUGGCUUCCUCACAUUGUCCAAGCACUCCCUGAGGAUGGUAUCCUGCUCUGAGCUGCAGGAUGGUUCUUUUUUGCAUGAGGGUUCUCUGGACCUGGUCACCGACUCUUCUGAGUCUCAGAGCUGGGCGGAGUUCAGAAUGGAGACCUACAGGAAGAACCUACAGACCAGUCUGCUCGGACAUAACCUGUUUUACACUGAGAUGGCAUCGUCUACGAUGGACCUGUUAGAAGGGUUAAGUCUACAUUUACCAAAAGAUGUGGGUUUAAUAGCAGUAGCUGGUCGACAAAGACAGGGAAGAGGUCGGGGCAAGAACACCUGGCUCAGCCCUCUGGGUUGUGCUAUGUUCACUCUAAAGAUCCAAGUUGAGCUGAGCUCUAGGCUCGGACAAAGGAUUCCCUUCCUCCAGCACCUAGCUGCUCUGGCAGUGGUGGAGGCUGUUCGCACACUGCCUGGAUACCAGGACAUAGACCUGCGAGUGAAAUGGCCCAAUGACAUCUACUAUAGUAACCUGAUGAAGCUUGGGGGAGUACUGGUGACUUCCACUGUUAUAGGAUCGACUUUUCAUCUGCUCAUAGGCUGUGGGUUCAAUGUGACAAACAGCAAUCCAACUGUCUGCAUCAAUGACCUGAUCCAGCAAUACAACACACAGCAUAACUGCAGUCUGCAACCGCUUUGCUGCGCCCAACUCAUUGCUCGCACUGUCAGCUGUCUGGAGGUCCUCAUCAGCAGCUUCCAACAUGGAGGCCCAGAUGCAAUCCUGCCCACAUACUAUAAGAGAUGGCUACACAGCGGGACCAAGGUGCAUCUUUGGAGUGAGGAUGGAAUAGAAGCUGAGGUGUUCGGACUGGACCACAAUGGCUUCCUCCAAGUGCACAGUGAGGAGCAUGGCGUGGUCUCAGUGGAGCCUGAUGGAAACUCCUUUGACAUGCUGAAGAACCUGGUGGUCAUCAAGCAGCGCUAAGACCAAACGGAACCAACUACAGAAAAAUCAUCUCUUUCUCCUAUCAGCUCUCAACAUAAUAUAAAUAUUUUGGGUUACUUUUGAAUCCUUAUGUUCACCUGACAUACAUUUGAACUGAAAUGUGUUGGGGGUAGGGAUGUGCGAUAUUAGGAAAACAUGCGAUAUCGAUAACGUUGUUUAAUAUCGCGAUGAUGAUAUGACUUGCGAUAAUAAACAUAAACAGAUUAGCGGCUCUGUCAGUAAUUUACUGUUCCUCUGUGUCUCUAUCAUUCGCGCUGUUUGCUGCACCGACUGCGUCAAACCAAACGGAGAGAGGAAAAGAGCAAGCGAGCGAGCGGCUGAUAAAUGCGCUCCUCUGAAGAAAGAUUUAACUCAUUAAUAAGAGAAUCGAUCAUUAUGUGAUGAUCAGAGUUGAUAUUGUGGCAACAAACAAAUCAACUUUGAACCUGGAGAGAGAGAGAGAGAAAAUUCGUAAUACAAACAUAUCUUUAAAUCUUGACUUAUAAUUCUGCUUUGUAUUAUUUUCUUGGUAUCUAUGUAUGGGAGUAUGGGAAAAUUAUUCAGACAGAUCUAAAUAUAAGAUCCCAGAUUUCAUUCCAUCACACAAGAAAAAAUUGGGUGUGAAUAAAUAAUUAAAAUUUGAA